UGUUAACCAAAGAGGUAUUCUGAGAGAGAGAGAAGUGCUCUGGAAAAGGGGCAGAAAGUAGCUGCUGUUUUCUCAGCUCAGCUCCUUGGUUUGCCACGCUUCCCCAUUUUUGCUUUGUUGGAGAUGGUGGUCAAUUCUGCACACCUGUGUUAGGAAUUGGCUCCUAUCCCUUAGUGAGACUGCAGUACCAGGUUUCUCUGUAGCGUAGUUGUUCUGCCUUCUGUUAGACUAAGCUUGGUUUAAUUCUCAGAGUAACUUUUACGCUUGUUUGAGGAAUUCUUUGGUAACUUCUAAAAAUAUAUGGACAGGUGGUAUUCAAAGUGAAAUUUGAAAACCUUUGUGUGUAGGAAUAUCUGCAGUUGUGUUGUUCUGGAGCUAGUAGUGGUCAGUCUUACCACUUCUGUGUUGAGAGUUGUGCAUUUAUUUAGUGUAUGUAUCUAUGUUACAGUGUGAAACUAAGAUUCUUAGGGACAGCAUGUGCUUAUUAAUGGCAGCGCAGUAGACCCUGCAUCUUGAACGGGGCCCACAGCUCACAGGAAAGUAAUUGGUCAGAACUCACUCAGAGUAGUGUCAGUAAAACUCAGUGGAGGUCUGUGCCAUUGGUUUUGCACGUGUUUUUUUCUCUCCUCAACUUGUCCUAGAUUGUUGGCAACUUACUCUAUCACCGCUACGUGAAUCCGGCCACGGUUGCACCGGAUGCAUUUGACCUAAUGGAUCUUUCAGCUGGAGGGCAGCUGACUACAGAUGAACGAAGAAACCUUGGUUCUGUUGCAAAGAUGCUGCAGCAUGCUGCGUCCAGUAAGAUGCUCAUGGGAGACAGUGCACAUCUGAGCAUUGUGAAGGAAUACUUGUCACAGUCAUCCCAGAAAUUCAGGAAGAAAAGCUUGAUGUCUGUGCCAAGGGAGACGUACACCGCACUUGCGCUGCCUGGACGAUGUGGAAACUGGAAAUUCUGGGGUGUGCUGAAGCGUGCCCUCUCAGCUUUCGCUCGUGGAAGAACAGAGCAAAGUGACAAGAAACAGCUGCGAGUUCAAGGAAUUGUCUACCUUGUUCUGAUCUCCUGCCAGUUCCAGCUUGUCGUGCCUGCUGUGAUGGGCGUCGCGUGCAGCGAGAUCAGCUGUGGGCCUGACAUGACACGGAUGGAGGCUGAGAACAACGGGAAGCCCCUGCUGGUCCGUGAGGAGUCAUCUCUUAAUAUCCCAGCUAUUGCUGCUGCCCACGUUAUUAAGAGAUACGUUGCCCAGGCACCGGGUGAACUCUCCUUGGAGGUGGGAGACCUCGUGUGCGUCAUCGAUAUGCCGCCUCAGGAGCUGAGCCCCCGCUGGAGAGGCAAGCACGGCUUUCAGGUUGGAUUUUUCCCUGGGGAGUGUGUGGAGCUCAUUAACGGAAAAAUCCCGGAGUCUCUCAUCAAUUCAGUGCCAAAGCCAG